ACUAUUUUCAUAUAAUGGCUCUCCACACAUUCGAUGUGCUUCGCCUGUGUGAACUCCACGCAGCUGGUCCACCCAACAGAUCAUGACGAUGCAGUUCAGAAUCUUGUGCAUGCUGCUCACUGUCGCUGGAUUGUCAUCUUACAUCAGAGGAGUCCUAGGCGGCAGCAACGGGCUGGAAAGCCGUCAGGCUGCAUCUAACUUUGCUGGCUACCUAAUCAGCACCUUUUCGGAUCCGAAUCCAAAGGUUCAGUUCUACCUGUCAAACGGAAAUGAUCCUGGGAGCUACUCGUUCUUAAACAAAGGACGGCCUGUUUUGACAUCCACUGUCGGAACCAAAGCUGUUAGGGAUGUAUUCUUGACCUAUGAUGGGAACAGAACGAAGUGGUACAUCAUCGCAACUGACCUCGACAUCAACGCCCGUGGUUUCUCAUGGGACGUCGCUACCAGAAGAGGCAGUCGAGGGAUCGUCGUAUGGUCAUCAGACAAUCUAGUGGAUUGGUCUUCGCCUUCACUAAGAAUUGUGGAAGAUGAGACGGCUGGAAUGGUGUGGGCGCCGUCCGCAGUAUGGGAUGAUGCCACUGCGAAAUUUUAUGUCUUCUGGUCCUCGCGUUUCUACAACAGAAAUGACCACGGGCAUACUGGAGCUGCCAAUCCCGACCGCAUCCGAUUCUCGACGACCAAGGAUUUCGCAACCUUCUCUGGUGCUAAAGACUAUGUGGCACCGGGAAAUACACCCGUCAUUGACCAGGAGUUCCAGUACUUAGGCACUCCAGGCCACUUUGCCCGAUUCAUCAAGGAUGAAACGCAGAACCAAAUGUACCAGGAAACUACCACCGGAGGCCUCUUUGGUCAGUGGACUAAGAGAGGCGGUUUCGUCAGGCCCGAGAAACCUCGAGAGGGAGCAGCAUGCUUCGCGGAUAAUGUAACUCCUGGUUUAUAUCAUUUGCUUCUCGACGAUUACACGCAGUAUAUCCCGUAUGAGACGAACAACAUUAACAACCCAUCUUGGCGCCCGUCGGACUACCGGAACUUUCCAAAGGGGUUGAAACAUGGAUCGGUCACCCCUUUGCUUAAGGCAGAAUAUGACUUGUUGAGGGCAUGUUAUCCCUCUUGAGAUGCCGCACGGAGAUAGGGGGAGUGGGGGGUGGGGUUAAAUAGCUUAGGUGUCAUGGGCCCAAACCAC